AUGUCCUCCCCGCCCUCCACCAAGCGCAGCUUGAAGCCAUCGCCAAUGACCUCCAACCCACCCCCGACGGCUCGUCCUGCUGCACCUGCCGACCUGCCCACUCUACACCCAGCUACCUCGUUGACUGCCCCGGCUCAAGACACCCAUCUCGGCCCUCAGCAGCCACUUCCUUCUCCCACCAGCCGGAAGCGCAAGUCGGUCACACUCGGACACUCGCAUGAGCCCAUGGCCGGUGCGACAGAGAGCAGCGUAGAAGCCCACGCAACCAGUGCAGCAUUACCCCCGCCCCCUCAACCAGACGCUGUCCAGGAACCAAAGGCCAAAAAGAGUCGUACCAACACACCAUGGACCCCAGCCGAAGAAUUGCGACUCAAGCAAAUGCGAGAUGCGGGCAACAGCUGGAGUGAGAUUGCAAAGACGUUUCCGCAGCGAACCGAAGGAAGUGUGAAGAAGCAUUGGUACAAGGACAUGCACUACGCAGAGUUCGCAGAGGAUGAAAGCGCCGCGCUGCUUGCCGCCAUCAAGGAGUACGAUGCCAACAAGUGGAAAGUCAUUGGGCAGAAGGUCGGCAAACCUGCAAAAGCAUGCGAGCAAUACGCAAAGGAGAACUUUGGUGGCAAGUAUUGA